AUGGUUGUGUACAGUGGAGAUGAAACAUUGGAUAGAGCUCUUGAAAGGUGGCUGAAUAUUGACCUGUGCAGAGCAACUCGGGUUGAAGUUAUGGAAGAUAUAGAUGCCGGGCGAUGGGAUAAACUGAAAAAGACAAUGCUGAGUCGGCAGAAGUUUGGGACAGCAGGGCUCCGAGGAAGGAUGGGGGCUGGAUACAUGUGUAUGAACGAUGUGGUUGUACUACAGACAGCUCAGGGUAUAUGUUCUUACAUACAGAAGAUAUGUAAUUUCGAGCAAAUACAAAGCGGUGUUGUCAUCGGUUAUGAUGGAAGAUACAACUCAAGGCGGUUUGCUGAGCUCACAGCGAAGGUAUUCGUAAGUUCUUCCAUCCCAGUCCAUUUGUUCUCCGAAGUCUGCCCUACACCCCUCGUGUCAUACGCGACAAUAUCUUAUGGGGCAGCUGUAGGUAUCAUGGUGACUGCUUCCCAUAACCCCAAAGACGAUAACGGCUACAAAGUCUACUGGAGCAACGGAUCCCAGAUAAUAGCGCCACACGAUGAGAACAUUCUAGAAGAAAUAUAUAGCUGCUUAGACAUACCACUAGAGCAUUGGAACACAAACAACAUAACGAGCCAUGAAUUGGUGAAGGAUUGUACAGAAGACAUCACCAACAAAUACAUGGAGUACAUCAAGACGUGUUUACACGAGGACGUGUUGGAACAGAACAGACUCGCGAAAAUAAACGCGGUGUAUAGCGCCAUGCACGGCGUGGGGUAUGAAUAUAUUGUGAAGGCGUUCCAAGCUGCUAACUUACAGGCCCCUACCAGCGUUAUAGAGCAACAAUCCCCAAACCCUGAGUUCCCUACAGUUAUGUUCCCUAAUCCCGAAGAAAGGGAAUGUUUAGAUCUCAGCAAGGAAUUAGCUGAGGAAAGAGGAAUAAACUUGGUGCUAGUGAACGACCCUGACGCUGACAGACUGGCAGUAGCUGAAUAUAAUAAGGAAGCAAAAUCCUGGAAAGUAUUCACCGGGAACGAAAUGGGAUCUUUACUAGGAUGGUGGAUUUUACAACAAUAUUGUGCACACAACACUAUCGAAGAAGAAGUUUACUUGCUAGCAAGUUUCGUUAGCUCUAAAAUGUUACGAGCCAUCGCUAAAGGAAAAGGACAGUUGGUUGAAACACUCACUGGCUUUAAAUGGAUGGGUAACGCCACUCUGCUAUUAUUGCAACAAGGCAAAGUUCCAUUGUUCGCUUUCGAAGAAGCGAUCGGCUACAUGUGUAACCCGAGAGUACCUGAUAAAGACGGAAUCUCAGCCGCCGUACAAGUAGCCUCAUUAGCAUCGAAGUUGUACGCCAAUCGGUCGACCCUGUUCGAUCAGUUACAAUCUCUAUACAAAGAGUACGGCUACCACAUAUCACUGAACUCAUACUACAUCGUUAAAGAUCAAAACAUUAUUCAGAAGAUAUUCAGACGAAUCAGGAAUUUCCACGGGCCGGGCGAGUACCCGAGGGUAGUGGGUCCUUGUGAGGUAACAUUUAUGAAUGACUUCGCGGCCGGAGUCAAAAUACCAGAAGAUAAUAAUAAAGACGCACAUCUCAAGGUACUAGGUACGGGUCUAGACAAAGACUAUACAAGCGGGGAGAUGAUCACAUUCUCGUGUAGUUCAGGAUUAGCAGUCACUGUACGUACGAGCGGGACUGAGCCUAAACUCAAAUACUACACCGAGUAUGUUUGUCACGCGCCUACACUCAGGGAACAAGAGGAAAAGAAAAUUAUAAUGGAGGAAAUGGUGAAAGAGUUUAUUAACGAUCUUCUUCAACCUAAAGAAAACGGCCUGGUCGCCUGA